AUGUGGCGUCAAGGCGAAGUCCCGCAAGAUUUCAAGGACGCAACUAUCGGGCAUCUCUACAAGCGCAAAGGGAACCGCCAAGUCUGCGACAAUCAUCGUGGCAUCUCCUUGCUGAACAUCGCCGGGAAGAUCUUCGCUCGCAACCUUCUCAAUCGCCUCAAUAAUCAUCUGGAACAGGGCCUUCUGCCGGAAAGCCAAUGCGGCUUCCGUCGUCAUCGUGGGACCACGGAUAUGAUCUUCGCCGCCCGUCAACUUCAGGAGAAGUGUCAGGAGAUGCGGACCCACCUGUACUCUAUCUUCGUGGACCUGACGAAAGCCUUCGACACGGUGAAUCGUGAAGGACUGUGGAAGAUCAUGCAGAAAUUCGGCUGUCCGGAGCGAUUCACUCAGAUGGUGCGUCAGCUGCUCGACGGUAUGAUGGCGCGAGUCACGGACAACGGAACUGUCUCAGAGGCAUUCGCAGUGACCAAUGGAGUGAAGCAGGGCUGCGUACUGGCGCCUACACUCUUCAGUCUCAUGUUCUCUGCCAUGCUCAUGGACGCCUACCGCGACGAACGCCCCGGGAUCCGCAUCGCCUACAGGAUGGACGGUCAUCUCCUGAAUCAACGGCGGAUGCACUUCCAAUCGCGCAUAUCCACAACCACCGUUCACGAACUCCUCUUCGCCGACGACUGA